UUUAAGAUGGAGGUAGGUGAUGAAGGUUUUGGGAAGAGUGUAGCAGAGAAGGAUAGAGAAUGUGAAGUGAGGUUAUUGGAGGGGUUUCAGAAGGAGAGAAAAGGCAAGAAUUUGAGAAUUGAGAUUAUUGUUUAAAUACAGAGCGAAGGGUUUUCAUUGAAUCAAUACUUGGGGCCAUUGGAGCAAAAUUGGUUUAAAGAAUGUUAUUUUUUCUUUUAAAGUCAGGGAAAUAACGAAGGUAGAGAAUAAUGUUCUUAAUAAGUUGCUCAGGAAUAAUUCGGGAGUGAAUGUAAACUUGAUUCAAGAAUUAAAAUAUAAGAAUGGGAAUAUCUUAAAUCAAGAAAUAUUCCGCAUUUGUAAACCAAAUAAAGAAAUAAAAAUACCUAAAGAAAGACAUUUUUUCAAUCUGAUCUCUAGAUGAACUGUGACUGUCUCAUUAACUAGAGUAAUCUUUAGUGCAAAAUAAGCUUGCAAAAAUGAUCCAGAUCGGCAAAACCGUGCUUGAUUUCAACUUCACCUACUGUGCUUUCGCUUGUGACCAAUUCCCCACUCUCUCCCUCCCAAACACCUCCAUUCACCGUAUAAAUCUCGAAUACUGUUGGAGUCACAACAUCAAAGACUGGUACUACAAACACCCUUGAAUCCAAAUCCUUCUCUCUUUCUUAACGACCAACAUUCCUACUCUUGAAAAGAUUGCCAUUUUGAACUAUGACCCUAUCCCUGACAUUUACCUAUUAUCAGGCCUAAACCCUUCAAAAUGGUACCUGUAUUCUAUUAAGGGUAGUUUUGAAGUCCAACCUGAGAAGAAGAUACUUUCUAAGAGAGUUAACAGUGAAGGAUUGAAGCUAAGCCAGAAGAAGACCAAAUGAAAUGUGUAAGGAAGAGAGAUUAGAAGACAAAGAAGGUAGAAGUAGAUGUAGUAGGGGAUUAUACUUCAUGAUUGUCUCGCUCUAUUCUUUUCUCACCAAUCAAGAAUUUCUCUGCAUAAUUCAAAAAUAUAUAGUGUUA